UAUAUGCUGUUUACUUUGUGUAUAUAUUCUUUCCUUCGCGCCUCGACGCGUCUCAAUUUACGUACCCGAAACCAAUUACUCCAAUGAAGACGAAAGCUUGUUUGUUUGACAUGGACGGUCUCCUCAUCGAUAGUGAGGCCGUCUAUACGGAAAGCACAAAUAUUAUCCUAAAACGGUAUAACAAAGGACCGUUCUCAAUGAAAGUUAAGGCUCAAAUGAUGGGGCGUCCUGGACCUUCUGCUGCUCGUCUCUUUUUGGAUUGGUCGGGAAUUCCUAUGGAACCAACGGAGUAUCUGAUGGAGCAACGUGUUGUUCAACGAGAGAUGUGGUCUCGCGUACAGCCUUUACCAGGAGCGUUAGAGUUAUUAAAAUCACUGGAACAACUGGACGUUCCUGCUGCUGUUGCAACUUCAAGUGAUACUCACAACUUUCAGCUCAAGACCGCUCAUCUUCCCCAUUUGUUUACUUGGUUUAAGGGUAAAAUCAUUCGGGGCGACGAUCCUCGUUUGGGACCUGGACGCGGUAAACCUGCUCCGGAUAUUUGGUUCGAGGCUCUGAAAAUGAUUAAUGAAGAACAAAUGGCUUCGGGAAAACCUGAAAUUAAGCCAGAAGAAUGUCUCGUAUUUGAAGAUUCUUUAAUGGGAGUUCAGUCUGCUCUGGCUGCCAACAUGAAGGUUGUCUGGGUUCCAGACCCAUUAAUUCUUCCUCAUUUUUCGGUCCCCGAAGAAAUUGCAUCACAUCCUGAUGUUAUUACCUUAAAUUCUCUUGCUGAGGUAGACAUCACUAGUUUUUGAGAACACAGAAGCAGACAUCAUUAGGCAUUUUUACCCGACAAUACUUUUGUACGAUACUUUUGUGGUUUUGAACGGAAAGUAGGAAACGUUUCUGGCUGAAUUGACUCCUCUAGCUCAUUGGUCUCGUCUCGUUUCUGCCUGUUUUUUGUUUCUUGGACUUUUUUGAUUGGAUCCUAGACCUUGGUUAAUGAUUCGCCGCUCUGCCUCUACCAACACGACCAAGCUCAAAAGGUCGCGAGCUUCCAUAC